GGCGAGCGCCCGCAGCUGAAGCGACGGUUGGGACGUUCCACCGCAGGAACUUGGGGGGAGCGGCUUCCGGGCGCCGAUUUCGAAAGAGGCCUGCGCCGCCGGCUCUGCCAUGACCCAGUCGGUGGUGGUGCAGGUGGGACAGUGCGGGAAUCAGGUGGGAUGCCGUUUCUGGGACCUGGCGCUGCGGGAACACGCCGCCGUCAACAAGAAAGGAAUUUAUGAUGAAGCCUUAAGCAGUUUCUUUAGGAAUGUAGAUACAAGAAGUGGUGAUAAUGGUCCCGAUAUUUACAAAGGAAAAAUCUGCUCUUUAAAAGCACGAGUAAGGCAAUCUAUAAAGGCACUGUUGAUUGACAUGGAGGAGGGUGUGGUAAAUGAAAUUCUACAGGGACCAUUGAGGGAUGUGUUUGAUAGCAAGCAGCUUAUCACAGAUGUUUCUGGUUCAGGAAACAACUGGGCUGUAGGUCAUAAGAUAUAUGGCUGUCAGUACCGGGAAAACAUAGUGGAAAAGCUGAGAAAAACUGCUGAAUACUGUGACUGUCUACAGUGUUUCUUUAUAAUUCAUUCCAUGGGAGGUGGGACAGGAUCUGGUCUUGGAACUUUUGUACUAAAUUUGCUUGAGGAGGAAUUCCCAGAAGUAUAUAGAUUUGUUACUUCAGUUUAUCCCUCUGGUGAAGAUGAUGUCAUUACUUCUCCAUAUAACAGUGUUCUGGCUAUGAAGGAGCUUAAUGAACAUGCAGACUGUGUGCUACCAAUAGAGAAUGAAUCUCUGUUUGAGAUAGUUAAUAAAAUUCAUCAGAUGAUCAAUUCUGGGAAGUUAGGAUCAACUGUGAAGCAAAGCAGCUUGGUAACAUCGAGUGCAGGCAAUGCAAAAACACUACCUGAGAAGCCAUUUGAUGCAAUGAAUAACAUUGUAGCCAACUUGCUGCUGAACCUGACAAGCUCUGCUAGAUUUGAAGGUUCCCUAAACAUGGAUCUUAAUGAAAUCAGCAUGAAUUUAGUUCCAUUUCCUCGACUUCAUUAUUUGGUUUCAAGCUUGACUCCUCUGUAUACACUGGCAGAUGUUAAUGUUCCUUCUAGAAGGUUGGAUCAGAUGUUCUCAGAUGCGUUUAGCAGAGAUCAUCAACUAAUUCAAGCAGAUCCAAAGCACAGCCUCUACCUGGCCUGUGCACUUCUUGUUCGAGGGAAUGUGCAGGUUUCGGACCUUCGCAGAAAUAUUGAAAGGUUGAAGCCUUCUCUGCACUUCGUCUCCUGGAAUCAAGAGGGCUGGAAAACUGGUUUGUGUUCAGUACCUCCUGUGGGCCAUUCCCAUUCCCUUCUGGCUUUAGCAAACAACACCUGUGUAAAACCAACUUUCAUUGAACUCAAAGACAGAUUUAUGAAGCUCUACAAGAAAAAGGCUCACCUUCACCAUUAUCUGCAAAUAGAUGGGAUGGAGCAAAGCUGUUUUUCAGAAGCUAUAGCCUCUUUGUCUGACCUAAUAGAAGAGUACAAUGAAUUGGAUGCUACAAAAGGUGGGCCUAGAAUAGAUCCUUCAAGACUGAAGAUAGCUGUUUAAAGAAGGAAGAACUGAUUUUAUAAACAACAACAACAAAAAAGCACUUUCCCUAAACAUCCAGCCACUUCAUUUAACCAGAAUGACUUUCAGCAUGCCUGGCUAUUGUAAUUCCAAAGUGGGACCAGCACAACAGCUUCCUUACCUCAAGAGUGGCCAUUAAGUGGGGAGCCAUGCCUGUGAGAAAGAUUUGAAGUCACCUAAUUGUGGCUGGUGUCAGUAAGGACAGUAAUCCUAAUUGUGGAGUAAAUUGACACACAAUAUGCUGUGAAGAAAAGGAGGAGAAUUUGUAUGUAGCAGCCAAAAAGGUAAUUAUUUUCUCAGACUUUCAACUUCCAGUAAACUAAAGGUUGGUCUUGCUUCAAAGAAGGAUCACCAUUGCUAGAUUUAGUUUUUAACAAGCGACUACGAAGAGAAGAAAAGCCCAUGUAGUCUUUUCAAAGAUGAAAGCAAGUCUCUAAUAGAACUGCUUUCUUACACUUGCAGUAGACAUUUCAGAAUGCUCUAAGCUAUGUUCCUCAUUUUAGUAUUUCUGCUCCUGUGUUGUAGUUAACUAUAUUAGAGGAUUCUCAGUAAAUACCAAAAUCAGCAAUAACAGAAAAUAAUAAAAAAAUUGUUUCAAGUAUUAUGCUUGGAAUAUUAAUAAAUAUUUUAAUGAUUCGUAUUAA